CGGCCCGGAAGGGGGCGGGGCCUGGGCAGCACCGGAGCGAUCCCGGGGGCGGCGGCGUCCUCCUGCCUCCACCGGCCACGGGGGGCCGCCAUGAACAAGCUGCGGCAGAGCCUGCGCCGGAAGAAGCCGGCCUAUGUGCCCGAGGCCAGCCGGCCCCACCAGUGGCAGGCGGACGAGGAGGCUGUGCGCAAGGGGAAGUGCAGCUUCCCCGUGCGGUACCUGGGCCACGUGGAGGUGGAGGAGUCCAGGGGGAUGCACGUGUGCGAGGAGGCUGUGAAGAGGCUUAAGACGAGCGGGCGCAAGUCGGUGAAGUCGGUGCUGUGGGUCUCGGCCGAUGGGCUGCGCGUGGUAGACGACAAGACCAAGGACCUGAUCGUGGACCAGACGAUCGAGAAGGUGUCAUUCUGCGCCCCCGACCGCAACUUCGACAAGGCCUUUUCCUACAUCUGCCGCGACGGCACCACGCGCCGCUGGAUCUGCCACUGCUUCCUGGCCCUCAAGGACUCGGGCGAGCGGCUGUCGCACGCCGUGGGCUGCGCCUUCGCCGCCUGCCUGGAGCGGAAGCAGAAGCGGGAGAAGGAGUGCGGCGUCACAGCCGCCUUCGACCCCACACGCACCAGCUUCUCCCGUGAGGGCUCCUUCCGGGCCCCCGGAGCCCGGUCCCGGGCCCCCCCGGACAAAAAAAAAGCAGAGGCUGCGGCCGCCCCGGCCGCCCCCGCCGUCACCGCUGCCGCCGCCUCGUCAGCACCCCCCGUCCCCGUGCAGCCAGGCGGCGGGUCACCGUCAGCAGGCGCCGGAGCAGGCAUGGCGGAGCCGGGGGCACCAGCGGGCGCGGAGGGUGGGGGCCGGCCGCAGGCCAUCCCACGGCGCCACGCGCCCCUGGAGCAGCUGGUUCGCCAGGGCUCCUUCCGCGGCUUCCCUGCGCUCAGCCAGCGCAACUCGCCCUUCAAGCGCCAGCUCUCGCUGCGCCUCAACGACCUGCCCUCCACGCUGCAGCGCCGCGGUCUGUACCGCCAGCCCGGGCCUGUGCUGGAGAUGGAGCCCACGCCCCCCGGCGACGCCGACGGCAUCACCGCACUUUGCAGCCAAAUCGACGCCUCGCUCGGCGCUACUGCUCCCCCCGGUGCCACCGCCCCCAGUCCGCCCCUGCCUGCUGCCCCAGCCACCUGGGGAGUGCCGGCGCCGGCCCCAGACCCCGUGGCGCCCGCACCCCCCGUCGCGCCGGGACACCGGCGCACACCAUCGGAGGCCGAGCGGUGGCUGGAGGAGGUGGCCACGGCCGCCAAGGCCACACAGCCGCCGCCUCCCCUGCCUGCACCUGCCAUGGUGGCCCUGCCCGUGGCGCUGCCCGUGGCCCCGCUGCCCCCCUACGCCCUGGGCUAUGAGGCAGCACCCACGGCCCUGAGCUUCUUUGCUGCCCCCCCUAGCUUCAUGCCCCUGGGUGCCUGUCCCCCCCCUGGCCUGCCCUACGCCGCCCCCCACGUGCCCCUGGUCGGCCUCACCCCCUCCCAGAUGGUGGCCAACGUCUUCUGCUCUGCUGCCCGCUCCGGCCCCCCCCCCAAGCCCAAGCCGGCGGCCGCCCCCUGGCCCCCCGAGACAGCUGCGCAGCCCCCCGUGCCCCCCGCGACCGACCCCUUCGAGGCACAGUGGGCGGCACUGGAGACCAAGCCCCCCGCGCCCCCCAACCCCUUCGCUGGCGACAGGCCGAAGACCUUCGAGAUCGAGCUGUGAGCCGGGGGGCGCCCUUGCUGAGCCCCUGGACCCGAGAUGAGGGUCCUGGUUUGCCAGGGGGAGGCUAAAAGGGGUAUGAACCCCCCCUCCUGUGGCCCAUGUGGGUUAACGGGGGUGCAGGACCCCCCCAAAGUUCCCUGUGAAGCCCCCCAGGCCCGGCCUGCACCUAGGGGUGCCUUAAUCCCCCUCCCCAUCUCAUGGGGGGGGCAUCUGUAAGCAGGGGUGCUGGGAACAGCAGGAGACCCCCCCACACACACUUUAUACUGGGGGGGUCUAGAGGGUCUCUUCUCCCCCCCCACCCCCAAUUUUAUGUCUGUUCUUUUUAACUUAAAAUCCAGAUUUUUGUAUUUUUGUCUAAUCCCCCCCAGGUCUUCCCGCAGCCCCCUGGGGUUUGGGGGGAGCAACAUGUGUUAACCCUUUGUGUUCCAGCCCCCAGCCCAGCUGGUGGGGUCCAGGCCUAGCCAACCCCCCCCCCCACCCCAUUCUCCAGGUUGGGGGAGGGUCAUGCAGUGGGUGGGGUCCUCUACUUUAUUCCCCCACCCCAAUGGCCCCAGGGCAUUGUGGGGCAGGCUGGGGAAGCCCCGGCCCAGCUGGUGGGACGGGGCUGGCCCCCCCCCACUCUGGGGCCGCGUGCGGGUUUGUAUCAUAGAGCUGCCAAUAAACAAGAGUCCUAGAA